GUUCAUUGACCUGCUGGGCUCUUUCUCCUCAAUCCCUUGUCGCAUUCCUCCUCCCUUCUCUUUUUCUGCAACCACCGGUGUCUACAUUGGCCCUGGGUUGUUCUUUGUUUCUUUCCCUUUGACAGGACCGAACUGAAAAAAUCUUUCCCUGCAAACUCCUAUUCCCCGCCUACUCAAUCGGGUGCAUAAACUUCCCUUCGAGAUUUUCCCCCUCGGCGAACUUGCGAUAGACAGUCGUUCCCUAUCAUACAAGCAUAAUGGCUACGGAAGAACACGAAAUCAAAGAUGAGCGCCUCGAGACUCACGAAGAGGGAGGUGACGACGAGGAGGAAAUUGCGGCGAUGAAGAAGCGGGUAGCCGAGAUGGAAUCCGAAGCUGCGAAACUGCGGGAAAUGCAGGCCACCCUUGAUCAACAAUCCGAGAACCUACGAGAGGACAAAGAAGAGAUCGAUGCCCGGAGUAUUUUCGUUGGCAACGUCGACUACGGAGCUUCGCCCGAGGAAAUCCAAGCGCACUUCCAGAGCUGCGGUUCGAUAAACCGUGUCACCAUUCUGUUGGAUAAAUUCACGGGUCAACCCAAGGGGUACGCCUACGUAGAGUUCGCAGAGCCCAGCCUGGUGGCCCAGGCACUUGUUUUGAACGAGAGUGUGUUCCGCGGCCGGAAUCUCAAGGUCGUUCCCAAGCGGACCAACGUCCCCGGAAUGAGUCGAGGACGCGGACGAGGUGGUUUCCGGGGUGGACGUGGAUUCCACCGCGGCGGAGGAGGCUUCCCCCCUCGCGGAGGCUACCGCGGCGGCUACCGUGGCCGGGGCCGGGGCUACGCGCCCUACUAAGGAGCACACCAUGCGAGGCGCCUGAGACAAGCCCAAGCACGCCGGCGGGGACGACACGAGAGGAUCGAGAGGGAGCGCAAGCGGGUCGCGACGGACGAAGCGCUCGACGAUCAAGAGGCCAUCACUCCGAGCUCAUGAAACAGACCAUUGGAGUUGGGGACUGGGGUGUACUGUAUGAUAACCAUCUGGCAACCUUCGGACUGGGCAAAGAUGGGCAAACAACCGAAAUUGCUUAUUUUCUGUGAUAUCACCGUAUCGUCGUCGUAUUUAUUCUACCAUUUAAAAACACAAACAAAAC